UGCGCAGGCGCGCGCUGACGACGCGGCGGGGCCGGAAGGAGCGCGGCUGUGGCCUCCGCGGCCGCGACGGAGCUGCCGGCUGCGGCUUGUGGUGACUGGGAGCCCGGCGACAGGGGCUUCCGAGCCCGCCUCGCGAGCCGGAGAGGUGAGUGGCGAUCCCUUUGGAACAGAUUGUCACCAUGUUUAGAUAUUAGCAAGCAAAUGUGUAUGUCCACAUUUGAAAAUGGCAGAGGGAAAUAAUAAUGAAGAGGUAAUUCACUUGAACAACUUUCACUGCCACCAGGGACAAGACUGGAUCCAUCUCAGAGAUGGACCCAUCACCAUAUCUGAUGACUCUGAUGAAGAAGGCAUUCCAAUGACGGUCACCCCAGCUUCUCAGCAACAUGAAGAGGACCUGGAUGAUGAUGUCAUCCUGACAGAAACAAGUAAACCUCAAACAUCACGACCCAAUCUCAUCAAACCAGCUGCCCAUUGGCAAGAUCUCAAAAGUUGGGGAGAAGAAAGGCCUAAAAAGUCUAGAGCAGCCUUUGAAUCAAAUAAGAACAACUAUUUUGCAGUGUAUAACAGCACAUUGUUUGAUUCUGGGGCACAGGAUGAUUCCGAGGAUGACUACGAUGAAUUUCUGGAUCAUGGGCCUCCUGGAGUUUCUGAAUUAAUUAAUCCAAGUGGCCAAACAGAAAGAGAACCCAAGCCUGGACCAAGUCAUAACCAAGCAACAAAUGAUAUUGUCAACCCCGGAUCAGGGCCAAAAAUCUUCAUCUGGAGAAAAAGUGGCCUUUUUAUUCCAGAUAAUGAUCCUUUGGACACUCAGAACCAGUCAUCCGAAGACUCAGAGACAGACCUUUUAUCAAACCUCGGAGACUCAGCUGAUAUGCUAGAUGAUCAGACCAUCGAAGACGACUGUUGGUUAGAAAACCCUCCUUUCUUCCCGUCUCUAAACCAACAGCCCCGUGAGAGAGCAAACCAGGUUGUUCCUCGGGAGCGGCAGUCUGAAGCAGAGCUGGGCCCCUUGUUCUAUCAGCAUGAGCCCCUAGGGCUGGCUUUCCCAAGGCCGGCUUUCCCAAGACCAGAACCCCCUCACGAUGGCAUUCCAGGCCCCUCUUCUCCUCAGCCCGCCCAUCCUCUAGGAGAGCUUGAAGACCAACAGCUAGGAAUAGACGACGACGACGAGGAGCCAGGCCCAGCCUUUCCACUCCCAGGGUCUCAGGAGCCCACUUUGGAACACCUUUGGGGGCAAGAAGCUAAUGAGGUCGACCAAGAAGUCGUUGCACUACUAGUGAAAGAAACAGAAGCAAGAUUUCCAGAUGUAGCAACUGGGUAUAUUGAGGAAAUAAUUCAUUUGAAGAAUUAUUAUGAUUUGAAUGUACUUUGUAAUUUUCUACUGGAAAACCCAGAUUAUCCAAAGAGAGAAGAUCGAGUCAUUAUCAACCCUAGUAGCAGCCUGCUUGCUAGUCAAGAUGAGAUAAAGUUGCCUAAGGUAGACUUUUUUGACUAUUCUAAAUUGGCUCCUCUUGACCAGCGCUGCUUCAUCCAAGCUGCUGACCUCCUGAUGGCCGACUUCAAAAUGCUCAGCAGCCAGGACAUCAAGUGGGCCCUGCAUGAGCUCAAAGGACACUAUGCAAUCACCCGAAAGGCCUUUUCUGAUGCUAUUAAAAAAUGGCAGGAGCUAUCACCAGAAACCAGUGGAAAAAGAAAAAAGAGAAAAGAAAUGAAUCAGUAUUCUUACAUAGAUUUCAAGUUUGAACAAGGUGACAUAAAAAUAGAAAAAAGGAUGUUCUUUCUGGAAAACAAGCGGCGGCAUUGUAGGAUCUAUGACCGCCGUGCCCUCCAUCCAGCCGUGCAGCAGGAGCAGGAGUUCUAUGAGCAGAAAGUCAAAGAGAUGGCAGAGCAUGAAGACUUUUUGCUUGCUCUGCAGAUGAAUGAAGAACAGUAUCAAAAGGAUGGCCAGCUGAUUGAGUGCCGCUGCUGCUAUGGGGAAUUUCCAUUUGAGGAGCUGACUCAGUGUGCAGACGCUCAUUUGUUCUGCAAAGAGUGUCUCAUCAGAUAUGCCCAGGAGGCAGUCUUUGGAUCUGGAAAGUCAGAGCUUAGCUGCAUGGAAGGCAGCUGCACAUGUUCCUUCCCAACCAGCGAACUGGAGAAGGUGCUUCCCCCGACCAUCCUGUGUAAAUACUACGAGCGGAAGGCCGAAGAAGAAGUCACUGCUGCCUACGCCGAUGAGCUUGUCAGGUGCCCCUCCUGCAGCUUUCCUGCUCUGCUGGACAGUGACGUGAAGAGGUUCAGCUGUCCCAAUCCUCGCUGCCGAAAGGAAACCUGUAGGAAGUGUCAGGGGCUCUGGAAAGAGCACAAUGGCCUCACCUGUGAAGAGCUGGCUGAAAAAGAUGACAUCAAGUACCGAACAUCGAUUGAAGAGAAAAUGACUGCUGCUCGCAUUAGAAAAUGCCAUAAAUGUGGGACGGGCCUCAUCAAAUCCGAAGGCUGCAACCGCAUGUCUUGCCGCUGCGGGGCCCAAAUGUGCUACCUCUGUCGAGUAUCCAUCAAUGGGUAUGACCAUUUCUGCCAGCAUCCUCGCUCGCCAGGAGCCCCCUGCCAGGAGUGCUCGAGAUGUUCCCUCUGGACCGACCCCACUGAAGAUGAUGAGAAGCUGAUUGAGGAAAUCCAGAAGGAAGCCGAAGAGGAACAGAAAAGAAAGAAUGGAGAGAACACCUUCAAACGCAUCGGGCCCCCCUUGGAGAAGCCUCCAGAGAAAGUCCAGAGGAUGGAAGCCCUGCUGAGACCCGUCCCGCAGAACCUGCACCAGCCGCAGUUCCCCGCCUACGCCUUCGUGCCCCCCCCUUUCCCCCUGCCGCCCGUCCGGCCCGUGUUCAACAACUUCCCCCUCAACAUGGGUCCCAUCCCGGCACCGUAUGUGCCUCCUCUGCCCAACAUGCGCGUCAACUACGAGUUUGCCCCCGUCCACCUGCCCCUGGAGCACAACCUGCCCAUGCACUUUGGCCCCCAGCCGCGCCAUCGCUUCUGACACCCGAGCCCGGCCCCCCGGAGCCCCACUGAGCAGCGCGGGCAGGCGGGGCUUGGCUAGACCCCCGUCCACCCCGCGGCCCGUGGCUCUGCGUGCUCUCUAGGUGGGGAUGAUGGGCUUGGCUCCUAGAAGUAUAGGCUGGCCUUCCCUCCCCUUCUCGGCAGGGCCACUUGCCCUGGAGGAGUGGCCGGCAGGCUAGUUCUUGCUGACCAGAGAUCAGGGGGCAGCCACACCCCCUUCUGAGGAGCUCUGCCAUCCGCGCAGCCAUGCAGUGGCCCCAGGCACAGGCAGUCCCCUCGGCUCUGUCACCCCGCCCUGCAGAGAGACCAGGGGAAGGCUCGCCUCCAUCCCCUCGCCGCUAGGCAACAGGCGACUCUGAGAAACCGCACAGGCCUUCCUCGCCACGGCCGUGGGUUCCUACUGAAGCUGACGCGACAAGUAGUGCCGAUGGGGGAGAGGGGAGAGUCGUGUCCCCAGGCCAGCGCCGCAGUGGCCACAGGCCCAAGAGCACCAUGUCCCCGUCACAUCCCGAACCCCGGGCGCGGCCGUGGUGGCCGUGCAGAGGUCUGUCCUCUCCUCUUGGCCACUCGGAUGAGACCAGCGUGCUGUGGGUUCUGUCUGUGAGUUACCCACAACGUUCGCGUUGGCUCACUCGGCAUUUACCCAGCUUCCCGUGGCCACUGGACUCCCUCAGUCUGGGAAGUCACGUCACCCAAAGCCGGCGGCCCUGACACUUGCCAAAUGGAAGGUCCUGGGGGGGCAGCUGUAACGGGGCUGGUGGCUCUCCCAGGCAGCAGUUUCUGGGAGCCUUCUCUGUCGCCAGCCAGGCCGAACAGCUCCCCUGAGGCUCGGGUGGGGGGGGGGGUCUCCCACCAAGGUGCUGCCCCACCAGGUGCUCGGCAGGCCUGGCCGCUGCCUGUCCUGAGCUUCGUCGAGGCUCACUCGGGUCCCUGCUUGUCCUCACCUCCGUGGGCCAAGCCUGCCUGGCUCCCGUGCUGGCUGUUCCACUGCCGUCUGGGGUUCCCAGUUCAGAGCGCACCACAGGCCUCAGAGCGGAGGGGGAGCGGACGACCCUCCCUGUGCAUGUCCCCUGCGCCUCAGCCCCUCGGAUGGGUUUCCAGAAUUGGAACGGAGCAGGUGUGCUGCGCUGCCCCUCACUGCCCUUCCGUGCAGGCUGCGCAGGCACCCGGUCACCUGGGCGGGAGGGGGGCCCAUGAGGACAGGCCUGAGGGCAGUGACAGGGCCUGAGGAAGCAUGCGCCUGCGCCUUCUUCCCCAAAGGGGUGGUCUCAGAACAGUGAGCCCCCAACAGACAUCCCGCCAAUGGGAAGGGUGAGCCCAUACAUGCCUGAGGGGGUGCAUUCCACCUCCGGCCCACAGCCGGGCUCUGGCUGCAUGGAGGGGAGGGCCUGGGGCAGGUAGCAUGGCCUGUCACUGCCAUCCAGCAAGUCCCCAGGGACCUGGUUCCCCCAGGCCAACCUGAGGACCUGUCCCCGGAGAAUUCCGGCUAUUUCUCACCCGCGCACUGCUCGGGGCGUUCCUGCCGGUGGGCGCUCACGGGUCAUGAGUUCUAACCCUGCUUGACCCUCUGGACACCUCAGGGUCCCGGAGGCAGGACCCGGAGCCCGGGCUCCUCGAGAAGCAGUCGUACUAGUGAUGGGGUUUGGGGCAGAGACGGGGCCAUAAUCAUCUGACAAGCCAGCAAGUGGCUGCGAUGCAAGUGACAGGAAACCCCUUUCUGGGGGACAAAGCAGGAUGCCCAGCGCGCCCGGCACUUUCCCCUCCGGGCGGAGUGCUCCCCGGAGCCAAAACUGCCCAGCGACAGUCCCAUUCCACUUGCCUUAAAACUGGAGAGGAAUCUAGUGUUUGCACUUCGCAAAGGAUUUUCAAACUUCAAAAGAGCAUGUCCUGUCACUUUAUAAGAAUAGCAGAAAUGAUUACUAAAUGUUUUCUUUCCUUUCUGGUAGCAAAAACACAUAAAAUAACCCUGUUUUAACUACUGUGUAAAAAGCCUGUAUCAUAUGUACCUUGGACUUUUGUAAAUAAACGUUGGUGCACUCGG